AUACCGGACACGAGCACACCGACGACGAGGAUGGCGAGGGCCCGCGGAGAAAGGUGCUCCACCGUCUUCGAUAUUAGAGAGGAGCUUCUUGACGACGACGGCCGGUGUGGUGGUGGCAUCGAGUAGGGAGAAACGGGCCCCUGGGCCCGAUCUGUCUUCAGUUCCCAUGCGAGUCUCCGCUCGAUAUCGUCCAGGAGGCACCGACCGAUCCUCUCCGAGCGGUGUCAUGUCGCGAAUUAGCCGCCUCUAACUGACUCUCGGAGGCCGGUGAAGCGCGUGUGUGUAUGUGUGUGCAUGUGAACGCGCGUGUGACUCUCUUUCUCCUCUCUUCCGGGUAGACCAGGGAAAGAUCUCCCAAGGAGCGACGACAUCAUGCGGUUCACCAAACUGAUACUUCUGACGGCGACGCUCCUCGUCGGCGCAACCUUCGCCAAAGAGGAGAGCUCGUCGUCGUCGUCGAAGGGCCGCGACAAGCGGCAGCAGCUCGCCUUCCACCUGCGAAAGGGCGGCCGUCUGCCGCCGUACGCGGUGCAGAUGGAGCCGAUAGUACAGUACUCUCAGCGCGAUCCUCUGUACAACCCCUUGGCGAGUCCGAAGAGCGACGAUCUGUACGAGGAGACCGCGCUGAGCUACUAUCCCACGGAGCCCGAGCCGAUCAUCGAAAUCAUCAUCAAGGAGUCCAAUGAGUCCCUGCCGACUCCUGUGCCGCCGACGGCUCCCCCUCGGCCGACCAAGGAACCGAUUCAAGUGUUCUACGUGAAGUACGAGAAGAAGAAAGGCUAUGGCGACAAGACUCGAGUGGUCUACGAUCCGCCGAUUCCGGCGCUAACGCCGGUGGAGGAUCACGAGGUGAUCAAACCGGACGACUCGGCGUCGCCGCACCCGGAGGAACCUACGUAUACGGCGACUCCAGCGCCGCCGGAGCCGUCGACGACCCUACGCGCCAUCAUCAGACCCGAGAGCGAGGUGUACCAUUCCGGCAGCAGUGGCAUUCGCGUGACCUUCGGCACCGACCAGUUACCGCCCAACAGUCACAACAAGCGCAGCGAUCUUGAAGCGCCGGUUGUCCAGCGCAGCAAACCGACCGCGUCGCCGGGAGCGCCGAAGAGACAGCACGGCCCGUACCAGCCGCUGCAGCCGGUGCAUCCUGCGCGAGUGCCGCCCGCGUUUCCGCAACAGCGCAUCGUCAACUCGGCUUUCGCUUCGCAGCAGCAGCCGUUGCCGAACUUUCUACAUCAGCAGCAACAGCAAUCGCUGCAACAGCAUCAGGCGUUUCCGCCUCAGCAGCCACUACUGAGGAACCCGCCGCUGCCGCCGCCGCCACCUCCAACCGCGAGACCACUGCAGCGGCACCCGAUAACGAUCCAAGGUCUGCCGGAGGUGCAACAACGUGCGCCGUUCAGCAACUUCGGCCCGCCGCAUCGCGUCAGCAUCAAUCACCCUCAGCAGCCGGGAUUCCCACCUACUCUCUCGGUGUCGCAUCAGAGCGUGCAUCUGCAGAAUCAGCCGUUACCGUUGCCGCAGAGUAACUUCAACACGGAACCGUCGCAACAGCAACCGUUGCCCGUCAGACUCGGCAACUUCGCGGAACCACCGCAGCAGCCGUUGCCCGUCAGACCGAACAACUUCAACGCGGAACUACCACCGCCGCCGCAAUCACUGCCGCCGUUCAAGCAACAGGAGCAGGAGAAACAACGGUAUCACGAGCAACGAAGGCAGCAGGAGCUGUUGAAGCAACGAGAGCAUCAGCGGCUUCAGGAGCACCAACGAUUGCUGGAACAGCAGAGACAGAUCGAACAACAGAGAUUGGUCGAGCAGCAGAGACAACAGGAGCAUCAGAGGCUUCAAGAGCAGCAACGUUUGCAGGAACAACAACGCUUACAAGAGCAGCAACGAUUGCAGGAACAACAGCGCUUGCAGGAGCAGCAACGAUUGCAGGAACAGCAGCGGCUGCAAGAACAGCGUCGUCUGCAGGAACAGCAGCGGCUGCAGGAGCACCAACGGCUGCAGGAGCAGCAGCGUUUACAGGAGCAACGCAGGCGGAAGCAGGAACAAGAGCAGAAACUUCUUCAGGAGCAGCGUUAUCGCGCGCAGCUUAAGUAUAAUCAGGCGCAGCUGCAAUCGCAGUUGGCGCCGCAACAACCGGAAGGUGAAAUCUUCAAGGCUGUCCCGAAACUGGAGCAACAUUAUUCGAUUAGGGAGAAUCCUCUUCAUCCCGGUCCCUUCCCGCCGAACCCCACAUUGGUACAGCCAACCACGUUCCCUGAAAUUUCUCAAAGCCAGUACGUCUCCGCGCAGCCACCCAACACUCUUCACAAUUCUCAACAACUCUCCAGGGCGCCGCCAAGUCAUUUUGCCUCCGCUGACACUCUGCACCAGCAGCAGCAGCAGCAACAGCAACAACAGCAACAGCAGCAGCAGCAGCAGCAGCUACAACUGAACACAAAGCAUCAGUCUUAUCAAGCGCAGCAGAGUUUUCUCUCGCAGACCCUCCCGCCACCGCAACAACGGCCUCACACAGCUUCACCUCAGCAGCAAUCGAUAUGGGGAGGUCGGCCAUUGUAUCAGAACAACGCGAAUUCCGGGCAGAAGAUCUUCGCAACGCCGGUGAGUCCUUCUGAGGAGUUCAACUCACCGUCGAGCGUGAGAACUUUCCUGCCGACUACGACAUCGACGCCGACGACAACGACCACAACUACCACUACCACCACUACCGAGACGCCGACCACCACGACACUCUCCCCGAAGAAGGUGGCCAAGAUCCAAGAGAACAUCGCCAACUUGCCAGACGAAGUACCCGACGACAUCAGGGAGCAACUACUAAGCUCCGGGAUUUUGGGCAACGCCGACAUUCAGAUCCUCGACUACGACAAAAUCGGCGACAUUCCGAUCGAGAAACUGCCACCGGAAGCCUUGGCGAAUUUCUACGGCGCCGGAGGCGGUUCUGCCAUUGCCGCCGGCAGCGAGCCCGUGCCGGCGAUCGUCAAGCGACCGAAGACUACGACAACGACGACGACAACGACGACGACUCAGCAGGAGAAUGUCGCGCCGAAGAAGGCGAUAGCCGCCGAGACCACCGUCUCGACCAAGUUCGAGCAAGCCACCUUGCGGCCCGGCGGCGUGGAGAUGAAAGUAGUACGCUUCGAUCCGAAUACGGAGCAAGGCCGGGCCGUGGCAGAGCAGCACAUACGGGACGACGCGACCCGACUCGAACCGGUGUCCGUGGGAGCGCGCGACAGCGCCCAGUACAAUCGUUACCUGCCGCUCAAAGUGAGCGGCGCGUCAUUCCCAAUCCCGGACGUGCCGGAGCUCAACGGCCGUAGGAUCUCGAGCGUCGUGGUGCUGGCACCCGUCGACUACGACUUUCCCGAGGAGAGGGAGAUCGAGUCGCCGAGUCGGCAGGGCAAGAGGGCCAGCGACGCGCAGCCGGUCAGGUUCCUCGCCGGCGACACCCUCAAGCAGCUCGUGAAGAAGCCCACCGCGGAGAACUACAAGAAAUGGCUCGACCAGGAGAGCCGCACCGAGCCGGAGCGACAGUCGGUCGUGCUCCUGGUGACCAUGCCAAGAAACGGCGGUCAGGGUGACAAGGAGAUCUUCAUGUAUGACGUGACCUCUCGAUCCGUCAGCAAACUGGCCGGCGAUCUCUCGACGGCCUUCGUGGACGCCGCCGAGAGCAACUCCGACGGCACUGGUUCUAUCGACGAUUCCUUCUCGACUCUGUAAUUAAUUCUGUCCUGUAAACAACGCUACUUCGAGCUGUAAAAGAAGAAACAAAACUCGUGGUCGUGCGCAGACAAUUUCUCUCCUUCGGGAAUUCUGUUAUAAUUUUAAUAAAUAAAUCAUAUGUGUGACAGCAGAAUUGAAGAAAGUGGGAAAAAGAGAAAGAAACUUAUUACUAUCUUUACAUCGUGGUACAAUAAAUACAAUACUUGCAAGUAACUGAAAGCGCAAAUUAUAUCUUGCAAUUCUUUUGUCGUCACGCUCGUUUAAUAAGAGGAGAAAGAUUUCUAAAAGAGUACAAAUUAGACUCGAAUAUGCACGAUCACGAUUGUUAUAAAUUGCAGUAACAGACACAAUAAUGGCAAAAUGAAUAAAAAUAAUAAAUUUUACGGAACGUUUCGUCGCCUGACGCAUUUUUCUCGCAACUAUAGCAACAGCAAGGAAUAUCAAGAUGAGGAUAAAGUAUCGCCGCGUGGCUGAUAGUUUCAAAUUUAUAAGUAUCUUUGUAGAUAUCUUAAUUAUGUAUUAUUAUGUAUAUAUAAAUGAUUUUGUACUUUUUUUAUACAAAAUAAAACGCAGUCUCUCCUGA